UAUUUCCGCCUUUCACUCUUCUUCACUUUAAUGGACAAACUUCAGCUCGUUCCUGUCCAAUUAGAAAUGAAACCGUCAGAUCCGCAUAAUGGAGCCGGUUCGUUGUGUUUAAUUCUGAUCUGAUUUAAAACCUCGAUGGCGGACACUAAAUCAGGCGGAACCUCCUCUUUGUUCGCCUGUGUUCAGUCCGGAUGAAGUAGUUUCCGGGAGACGGUACCAGCAGUAAACAUGGCGGAGGAGCUGCUGGAAGCGGUGGACAGACUUCAGUCGCGGCUCCAGGAGAACCAGGAGCCGAGAAAGCUACUGAAGACGCUCAAACGACUCGGGGAACUUCCCAUGACUGUGGAUAUACUGGUGGAAACUGGAGUGGGAAAGACUGUGAACUCCUUCAGGAAGCAUGACGUCGCUGGAGAAGUGGCAAAAAGCCUCAUAGCCAAAUGGAAGAAACUGGUUCCUCAGUCUGCAGACAGAACCAACAGUCACGCCAAAGAAGCCUCUCGCUCACACACCCACUCUCGAGGCCCAGAGGCAGAUGAUGGAGGCGGCCACAGACGCACCCGGGAGCCUUCCCCCGAGGAAGAGCCCUCCUACAUGGAAGAGGAGGAGGAGGAGGAGGAGGAGAGAGGCUACCACACUAACUACUCCCCCUCUCCUCCCCAACACGAGCAGUACAGCCCCCCACAGCGAGGAGGCUACCAAUCAGACGAAUAUGAGAGCCCCGAACCUGAACAUGAACAUGAACCAGAACCUGAGCCUGAGCCAAGUCCUCCUCGCAAAGAAGUCCGCCACGCCAAACCGUACAAAGAGCCCAGCAAGAACCACCACCACGGGGACCGAAGCAGGGAGCGCGACGAGGAACGACAGCAACGCCACACACAGAUAAGUAGCAAUCGAGGAGGAGGAGCAGACGAAGGAAAGAAACGUGCCGCAGACAGAGAGAGGCGACAGAGUCCGGUACAGAAGCCUGCAAAACACAACAGGAAGUCCACCACACACGAGAGCAAGAGGGAAGAGAAGAAGAAAGGCGGAGAUGAAGGGCGACCACGAGCACCGAAGGACUCUCCACCCAAGGAGGAGGAAGAGGAGUUUGAGACGCCCACCAUGUCCUUCGAGUCCUUCCUCACAUACGAUGCCCCAAUGCCUGUCAAGAAGAAGAAGAAGCCCUCGUCUUCAUCGUCGUCACACAGUCGGCCGUCUCACUCGUCGUACUCCACAUCGUCUUCCCAUCGAACCCGUGCCCCUCCGUCGCCUGCGACCCCCUCCUCCUCCUCCAAAGUGAGCAAGGCGAACGGCGCUCAGAGUAAAAAGAGGCCGCAUUCAAGCUCCAGUUCGUCCGCUGCUGCACCGACGCCAGAGAAACGAAAGAGGGUGGUCGAAGCCGUUCCGACUCUUCCUGAAAUCCCUCUGCCAGCAAUUCAACCCAAUUACAGACCCCUACCCUCCAUCGACAUCACGCCGCUGUCCCCACAGAGACGUAAAGUUCCUGUCUUCAACGAUGAAGAGGACGCUGGCUUCACAGGGAAACGGUUCAACUCCAAGAUGGUGGUCUACUCAGGAUCCAAGACGGCUUACUUGCCCAAGAUGAUGACUCUGUACGAGCAGUGUAUCCGUGUGCUGCAGAACAACAUCGAUUCCAUCGCUGAGGUGGGAGGAGUACCAUUCGACAUCCUGGAACCGGUUCUGGAGCGAUGUACGCCAGAGCAGCUGUACCGCAUCGAGCAGAGCAACCAGUGUUUUACGGAGGACUCUGAUGAGUUGUGGAUGCGUCACUGUCAACGGGACUUCAAGCGAGCGUCUCCACAGGAGUACGAGUCGUGGAGGGAAUUGUAUCUGAGGCUGCACGACGAGCGCGAGGAGCGACUGAGGAUGCUCACCCAGAACAUCACGUCUGCACACGCCAACAAGCCCAAAGGACGGCAGGUAAAGAUGGCGUUUGUAAAUUCUGUCGCCAAGCCACCUCGUGAUGUUCGCCGCCGACAGGAGAGGUUCGGCACGACCAGCGGUUCGUCAGCUGCCUCCACCGCAGCUUCAGCUCCCAUUAAGAUAAGGCCAGCUACCAUAGACUACUCUGGUGAAUCCAGUCGCUCGUCUUCAUCCCAAGACAAUCCUCCGCCCAGCUCGUCCCGCUCCUCCGCAUCAAGUGGAGGAGGAGGUGGUGGCGGGGGAGGAGGAGCAGGACAUGUUGCUCGGGACAAGCCACAGGUCAAAAAAAUCGCCCCCAUGAUGGCCAAAACUAUCAAAGCGUUCAAGAACAGAUUCUCCCGCCGAUAGAGUGAAAGAGACUGUGAAUGUAUUUUAUGAAUUCCAUCUCUGUUUUUAAUUUAAGUUUAGAAGAUUUUUACUGGCGACCCCUUCAUCACUACACACACACACACACCGUCACCUUUUCCCACCAAACACAACAUAUAUGAACUUUACAGUAUUGGUGAAAAAGUGAUUAUUAUUUAAUCCAAGCAGUGGCGUCUGUUUGGGUUUUUUUUUUAAACAAGUAUUUGAACGGUGUGUUGAGGAAAUUAAGGAAAUCCAGAAAAUCAUGUAGCCAAGUUUUUACAGGAUGCAAAAGGACACCAACACAAAGUCUGUUACUUUUUCGUAUUUUUUUAAAGGAACAGUUUGACAUUUUGGGAAAUACGCUUAUUCACUUUCUUGCUGGGAUUCAGACGAUAUAGAUUGAUGUCAGUCUCCUGUUUGUAAAAUGAAUAUGAAGCAACAGCCAGUUAGCUCAGCAUAAAGACUGAAAAUGAUCUGACUACACCACCCAAAGCUCAACAAUUAAUGUUUUAUCAGGUUAAACAUUAAGUUGUUGCUCAUAUAAAAGUAAUUCAGUCUCGACAAUAUUUAACUGCUUCAUACUUCAGUUAAAUUAAUGAUCAAAGCAGAGUCACAGUUCUUGAAAACCUGUGUCACAAAUUAUCAUUUUCUUUCUUCUGCACUUCUGUUGAACCCUGGUAGAUUUUUUUGGUGUUCAGUUCAAUUCUUAAAAGAUUUAUUUAAGCAGUUGUAUUUAUAUUUCUUUCAACUUUCUGGGUACAAGUCACCAGAAACUGUGGAAACUAAACAAAACUAUGCAGCAUUUAAAUGUUACCAGGUUUUUUCCUCUCGGAGCCGACGUCAUGUCUCCAUAUCUCGUCAUGGUAAAGUUAAAACAAAACAAAACCCUGGAUCAUCCCCCAUAAUCCAAUCUGCUCUUUUGCAAAAUAGUGCUGACAAACAAACAAAAGUGAAAACAUAACCUUAGCACCCGCAGCAACAACCACUUCCAUGAAGCAACAUCCACUCGACAGCGCCCUCUACAGUCACACUUUACUAUGGUCACAGAAUAUGGUGUUAGCACAUUACCCCUCCGCCACAACUGCCACAUAAUAGUUUAUUCACACACACGAUUUUCUACAUAAUUAACAAACAAGAUAUAUAAGAUAUAUCAGUGAGCGUCAGACGUGAUGAUAAAAAUAUUGUCUCCUCAUUUCCAGCAUUUAUGUUAAGCUAACCGGCUGCUGAACGAACAUGAGAGGCAUCAAACUUCUCGUCUAACUCUCCACAAGAAGGUGAAUGAAGCACAUGUCAAACUUUUAUCGGGUUCAGAAGGUUCAAACCUGACAGCCGGGCUCUUUCUGUGUGGAGUUUGCAUGUUCUCCUUGUGUCUGUGUGGGUUUUCUCAGACUUCCUCCCACAGUCCAAAGACAUAGAUGUUAAAUUGGGGGACUAAAUUACCUGUUGGAGUGAAUGUGAGUGUGAAUAGUUUUUUUUUGUCUUGACAUGUCGGCCAUGGCGAUCUGUCUAGGGUGAACCCCGCCUCUCACCCAGUGUCAGCUGGGAUUGGCUCCAGCCCCCUCAUGACCCUCAAAGGGUAAAUGGUACAAAUAAUGAAUGAAUGAAACGUGGGACAGAAAAGUUGUGCUUUUAAUAUUAUGAUGAGUCGUUUGUUUAAUUUGUCCUCGACCAAAUCAAACACUGCGAUAGGAAAACUUUUUAACAUUUCUUUUGUCUUUUUAAUUGCAUGCAUUGUGCACAUCAGCUGCACCUGAAAUGUCAACUGGCUGGUGAAAGACAUGAUUUGCCUGAUGCAUUUUUCAAUUUGUGGGGCUAAAAAGGAUAUCAGUGAACCACACAAACACACACAUACACACACACACACACACAUUGUCGACUUGUUUUAACCCUCCUGUGGCUUCAGAUCAUGUUUUCCUGCUGUCCAAUGUGUGCGUCCUCUUUAAAUCUGCUUCACUGUGACAAAUGGUUUGAGUUAGAGCUGAAGUGGUGACGAGGAAAAAAACGACAAUAAGGAAAGAAGCCGGUCAGACGUCUGCGGCUUCAGUCUACAGCAAUGAUGAUGACAUGUAUUUAUUUUCAACCUUGGGACCCGGCACCCCACCACACGGGCCCUGAAAGGAAGUAGAUUAAAAAUUGUAAUUUUAUUAGAUUUUAAAAAAUGUUAUAUGGUCAUUUUUAUUAAAAUUGACUUUUUGCCCUUGAA